UUGUCAAAGUAUGAAUGCAAACCAGAUCACACCUAUAAAGUAAAGUUAAUUACUACUGUUAACAUCAAAUUAUCAAUUUUAUUUCUCUUCAAGUAAAGUUUGAAGAAUGUGUUCAUAUUAAUUUAUUCUCGUGGACAAGGCAAUCUUGGGCCUAUAUAUUCCAAGUAAAUUUCUGUUAGCAUUACAACCAUAAACUUAGACAAAUAUCCCCAGAAAAAUGAGGUGCUUAAAUGUACUCUUUCCAUUUUCUGUGAAAUGCAUUGUCCUCUUGCUCCUUAUGUGGCUGAACUUCGAAGUUCCCUCCACUAACGCUGCUACAACCGGUGGUGGGAAUGAGACAGAUUAUCUUGCUUUGUUAAAAUUCAAGGCAAUGAUUGUGCAUGAUCCCCAAAAUGCCACGAGUUCAUGGAAUGGUUCUGUCCAUUUCUGCAAUUGGGUAGGUGUCAUCUGUGGUCGCAGGCACAAAAGAGUCACCCUUCUGGAUCUUCAUUCUAAAGGCUUGGUGGGCAAUUUGUCUACUUACAUAGGAAACAUGAGUUUCCUUAGGCAGAUUCGGCUACAAAACAACAGCAUACAAGGUGAAAUCCCUUCUGAACUAGGCCGUUUGCGCAGGCUACAAAUUUUAAAUCUUGAAAACAAUACUUUUGAAGGGAAAAUUCCGUCCAACUUGUCCAAAUGCUUGAACAUCAAGGGACUUGGAUUAGGUUACAACAUGCUGGUUGGAAACAUUCCAGUGGAGCUCGCCUCUUUGUCCAAGCUCAAACUUAUUUCAAUUCAUUUUAAUUAUUUAAGCGGGGGCUUACCGCCAUUUUUUGGGAAUUUUAGCUCACUUGAGAUAUUCUCUGCUCAUCAAAAUUUCUUCGGUGGAAAUAUUCCACAUUCUUUUGGUCAACUCAAACACUUGUCAUUUAUUGGACUUGGAAGCAAUAACCUCUCAGGUAUCGUCCCUGAAUCCAUUUAUAAUAUUUCCUCCAUCACUGCAUUAUCUAUACCAAUUAAUUUCCUCCAUGGAAGUCUCCCAUCGAAUGUUGGCCUCCUUUUACCUAAUCUUCGCGUCUUGCAUAUGUCGAUCAACAACUUUAGUGGAUCCAUUCCAUUGUCAUUAUCCAAUGCCACCAAUCUCCAACAAAUUGGUUUAGGAUAUAACAAAUUCACUGGAAAAGUACAUGUUGAUUUUGGAGGCCUACAACAACUUCAAUGGUUAGGUUUGGGUGGCAACAAUCUCGGAAACAAGGGAGAUAACGAUUUGGAUUUUAUCACGUCUUUACUGAAUUGUAGCAAUUUAAAACUUUUAGAAAUAUCUGACAAUCAGUUUAAAGGAGUAUUGCCAAAUUUUGUGGCCAAUCAAUCUUCAUCACUUGAAUGGCUGGGAAUGGGGGACAAUCAAAUAUAUGGAGGCCUCCCUCCAUGGUUAUCUACACUUGUUAACUUAUCGCAUAUGCAUUUCGGUUCUAACCAAAUUAUGGGCAAUAUUCCCGUUGAAAUAGGUACACUUCCUAGAUUGCGACGAAUGUCGCUCCACUCUAAUAGAUUGUUUGGACCAAUUCCUUCAUCUAUAGGGAACUUAUCACAAUUGAUUUGGCUUAAUUUGUCCAAUAACAAUUUACAAGGCACAAUUCCCUCCAGUCUUGGAAAUUGUAGAGAAUUAUUAGUUCUGUGCCUUUUUCAAAACAACCUUACUGGCUCCAUACCUAAACAACUUUUUGCUUCCAACUCUAUGUUGAUUUCCGUACAAUUACAUCAAAACCAUUUAAAUGGAUCUCUCCCCUUAGAAAUUGGAAAUUUAUUCAAUUUGAAUGAAUUCUAUGUUUCUCGAAACAUGUUGUCUGGCAAACUUCCAAAUGACCUUAGUCGAUGCAAUAGCCUUGAGUUGCUUUACAUGGAUAAUAACAACUUUCAAGGUAACUUGCCUCCAUCUUUGGCUGCUUUAAGAGGUCUAAGAGAAUUUGAUUUGUCUCAUAAUAAUUUUUCUGGUGAGAUUCCAGAAUACUUAGAGAAAUUUGCAUUGGAAUAUGUCAAUUUAUCUUUCAAUAAUUUUGAUGGUGAUGUUCCCACCAAAGGAGUUUUUGCAAAUGCUAGUGCAAUAUCAGUUGCAGGAAACAGUAUGCUUUGUGGAGGUAUACUAGAGCUACAUUUGCCAAGAUGCCCUGUUGAAGCUACAAAGAGAAGCAAACUGCGUCUUGUCAAAAUAGCUGUGGUCGUCAUUUCAAUUGUUUUUGGCAUUACUAUACUGUCAACUGCCAUGUAUUAUAGGUUCAAGAAGAAGAAAAGGGAACAAUCACCUACUUCCUUGCAAAUAAGGUCAUUUCAGAAGAUUUCAUAUGAAAUGAUUCUUAAGGCAACUGAUGGGCUCUCUUCGGCAAAUUUGAUUGGUGUGGGAAGCUUUGGGUCUGUCUAUAAAGGUGCAUCUGUGGAGGAUCGAGCAAUCUUUGCAGUGAAAGUACUUAAUCUUCAACAACGAGGUGCUUCAAAGAGUUUUAUGGCCGAGUGCAAAGUCUUGAGAAAUGUACGUCAUCGAAAUCUUGUCAAGAUAAUAACGUCUUGCUCCAGUGUUGAUUUCCAAGGAAAUGAUUUUAAGGCACUUGUUUAUGACUACAUGCCAAAUGGGAAUCUAAAGAAGUGGUUGCAUUCAGACUUAGCUGAUGAACAACCAAGUCUAAGCCUUCUGCAGAGAUUAAGCAUUGCUAUAGAUGUUGGGAAUGGGCUGGAUCAUCUUCAUCACCAUUGCCAAAAGCCAAUUGUUCAUUGCGAUCUAAAGCCAAGCAAUAUUCUUCUUGAUAAUGAUAUGGUUGCUCAUGUUGGAGAUUUUGGGCUGGCAAAGUUUCUUCCUCACCUCAUGAAUCCAACUCAAAGUAGCUCAAUUGGAGUUAGAGGAACAAUAGGUUACGCAGCUCCAGAGUAUGGAUUAGGAAGUGAGGUAUCCAUGAAUGGAGAUGUUUAUAGUUAUGGAAUCCUAUUAUUAGAGAUGGCGACAGGAAAAGAACCCACUGACGAUAUUUUUGUAGAAGGUUUUAACCUUCACAACUUUGCUAGGAUGGCAUUGCCCAACCGAGUGCUGGAGAUUGUAGACCCAAUUCUUUUCCAAGAAGAUGAAGGAGGAAAUAACAAUAAAGGUCCAACACAAGCAAGAAAUGACUGCAAAGUCGAAUGCUUGAUUUGCAUGAUCAAGGUCGGGGUAGCAUGCUCCAUGCAGUCUCCUCGAGAUAGAAUGGACAUAAGCGAUGCAAUCAAAGAGUUACAUUCAAUUAGAAACAAUUUUAUGCAAGCUAAAAUGGGGCCAUCUUUGUAUCAAAGAGCUGCAUGAAAUUUAAUGUCUCCUUAAAGGUGACUGCAGUUUCACCUAUAUUAAUAGGAAGUGGAAGGGGAAAUUUGUGGCAUCCAAUUAUAAGUGCAAUGGUCGUUGUGUUUUAUGUUCGGGCAUGAACAAAGAAUACUUAGAUGGUUUUGUAUGUUCAGUUUGAAUAAAAUAAAAUAGAAUGAAAGUGUGAGCUAUAAUAUUGUAAAUCAUAUAUGUUUGAUGCAUAAAUAAUCGUAGAAUCUGACUCUUCCAUUAA